AAGGCCUUUCUUUUCGUGGAUUGGGUGUCUGAGAGUCGUCGUCACAGAGAGAUGAAUAUCCCAAUCCAAUUCAAUGGCGGCCUCGAUCCCAUCGAAUCGGACCUGUAAUCCAAUUCUUUCUGGGAAUUUGAAACCCUAACUCGAGUUUUUUUUUUGUGAUUCAACUAACUCACUCGCUUACGCAGCUCUAUAUCCUCUUGGCCAUGCGACUCUGGUUCUCGGUGAUCGGCCUCUCGAGAGAGGACUCCUUGAUUGUAUUCUACAGCGCUCCAAAUUCUGCUUGUUCUUUGAUUUCUUAUUCUGCUUGUAGAGAUGUCGAAAGAUUCUCAUGUCCCUAAUCCUAGGGGUCUUCUUUGCAAUGCAGGUGCCGGUGCCGCUGCAGGAGUUAUGGCUGCAACGUUUGUAUGUCCUUUGGAUGUCAUAAAGACUAGGCUUCAAGUCCAUGGGCUUCCCAAGCUUGAUGCAACUCACGCAAAUGUUAGAGGCAGUCUAAUAGUUGGUAGUUUACAGCAAAUAUUUCGAAAGGAGGGACUUCGUGGAAUGUACCGUGGGCUCUCUCCGACUGUUUUGGCAUUACUUCCGAAUUGGGCGGUUUAUUUCACGAUGUAUGAUCAACUUAAAAGCUUUCUUUGUUCAGAUGAUGAGAAUCAUUAUCUUGGCAUUGGUGCAAAUAUGAUAGCUGCUUCUGGGGCUGGAGCUGCCACGACAAUUGCAACAAAUCCUCUCUGGGUUGUGAAGACAAGAUUGCAAACACAAGGAGUGAGAACAAGUGUGGUUCCAUAUAAGAGUACACUGUCUGCUUUGAGGCGAAUUACUCAUGAGGAGGGUAUUCGUGGCUUGUACAGUGGUCUUGUCCCUGCAUUGGCCGGUAUCAGUCACGUGGCUAUUCAAUUUCCAGCAUAUGAGAAGAUCAAAAUCUAUUUGGCUAGUCGAGAGAAUACCACAAUGGAUAAACUCGGUGCAAGUGACGUUGCCGUCGCUUCAUCAGUCUCAAAAAUAUUUGCCUCCACGUUGACAUAUCCACAUGAGGUGGUACGUUCAAGACUUCAAGAACAAGGUCAUCACACCGAGAAGCGUUACACUGGUACGAUCGAUUGUGUAAAAAAAGUAUUCCAGCAAGAGGGACUCGCAGGUUUUUAUCGAGGGUGUGCUACCAACCUUCUCAGAACCACCCCCGCUGCUGUUAUUACAUUCACCAGCUUUGAGAUGAUUCACCGGUUUCUUGUUAGCCUUUCGCCUCCUGAUCAACAAACUCAUGUACUGUGAGAUGAAGGCAUUGAUUAUUAAGAAACCAUGUACUAGUAUCAAAUACAACGACAACAUAUUCUUUGCUAGUUUUGAUAGUGUUCCAGCAACAUUCAGAAUAGGCUUGGCUCUCAUUGUGCAACAAAUUCCGAAAGUGAUAACGAUGAAAAACCGUGCUCCCGGGCUCCAAACAUUGCGACUCUCCAAUAAUGGGGGGAUUGCCAGGUGGGUACUUCGUUUAAAUUGUUGAUUGUAAACUUCUAGUGGAUUGUAUUGUAGUGAGAAACAUUGAGAAGGAUUGUGCUGAAAAAUUUCUGGGAUUACUAGUGCCCGGUAGAUAAUAGAUUAUAUAACGAUAUUUUUUUCAAGUA